AUGUCGUCAGCGCGCGCGGUCGAGCGCGUCGGCAGCUCGAAGAAAGCGCUGCUCGCGUCCGCGCGGCGCGCGAGCAGUCACAAGCACCUAACGAGCGGCGCCGCGCCCGCGUCGUCCUCCUCCUCCUCCUCGCGGGGCGAUGUUAACUCGUCGAAGACGAAACCCGCGUCCGCCGCGCACAGCCGCGCGUCCGCGCGCUUCUCCGCGACGUACCUCUACUUCCUCGUCCUCGAAGGGUCCUGGUACCUCUGCUUCGCGCUCGCGUCCGCGGCGUACGCCGUCGCGAUACUCCUCUGCGGCGUCGUCGCGACGGGACUCGACCUCGUGAACGUGAACGACGAUCUCGAGGACUCGCGCGGGCACGACCCCGAGCAGUUCGAGCUCGCGCUUCGGUUCGCGUCCGCGCACGUCGUGACGAUGAGCGCGGGGAACGUCGUCCCGGUGUCGACGCUCGGGCACUUCAUCGCGGUCGCGCAGCAGAUGUUGGGCGUCGGCGUGAACCUCGUCGUGUUGUCCGCGAUCGUGGCGAAGUUUCAAUCCCCGCGCGGGGACAUCGUGUGGUCCUCCGUGGGCGUCGUGCGAUGCCGCGACGGCGUUCCGAGCCUGCAGUUUAGGGUCGGAAACUUGCGAUGCAACAAGCUGUUCCCGAACGAGAUAUCGCUCGCGCUGCUGCGGCGGCACGUAACGCGCGAGGGGGAGACGUUUUCAAAGAGAGUCGCGUUGAACGUCGCGCGUCCGAGCGUGAUCAGCGGCGUGCACACCGUCGUGCAUGACGUGGACGAGACGUCGCCGCUGUUGCCGGUGUUACGAAGUGGGGCGCUGCGGCGCGCGUUCGGGAAGGACGGCGACGGCGACGGAGGCCGGAUGCUUCUUCACGCGACGUUGAGAGCAUUCGACGACGUCUUCAAAGGCGACGUGUGCGCGACGGCGUCCUACGGCGAAGGCAGCGUGGUGUUCGGCGGGAAAUUCGAGGACGUCAUCUCGGUCGACGAGAGGUCCGGCGCGCCGAAGAUCGCGUGGGAACGGUUCAACGCCGCGCGCGAGUGCGACCGCGCCGGACGCGUGGACGGGACGGACGUCGUCGACGUCGACGUCGACGUCGACGACGUCGAAGAGGGUGAAUACGCGAUGGAAGGCGACGCCGCGCCGACGACGACGCCAACGCCCGGAUGCCCGCGGCUCACGUGCGGGUGCGCGCGCGCGUCGUACGGCGAACGCGGCGGGCUCGAUAACGGCGCGCCGCGGUCGCCUCUCGUGCCGUAUUGCCCGUAUAGCUCCAGGAUAGGUUUGCUCCUCGCCGAGGGCGGCGUGGACUGGGAGCUCGUGAGGAUCGACUACGUCAAAGGCGCGCGGGAGUGGUAUAAGCGCGCGUACGCGCCCGCGGACGCGCCCGCGAUGCAAGGAACCCCCGGCGGCGAUCGCGACGAUCUCGACGCGUGGGUGGGAGGCUCGGCGGUGUGCAAGGCGAACGCGAUUCUCGCGGACGGCGACGUCGCGCGGCGCGCGGUGGUGAAAUCGAAGACGUCCGAGGACGCCGUCGCGAAAAUGGCGGAGCCGCUCAUUUUCGGCGGUCUCGCGCCGCGGAUGCUCGGCACGCGGGAGCCGCGCGGGAGGAAGAUUCUCGCGUUCAUGCUCAAAAAGACGCUCGGGGAGGAGGAAGUGAAGACGAUGGCGUUGACCGACGACGACGGCGCGAAGCCGGACGUGAACGCCGACGACAUCCGCGAGGCGUGCCGGACCGCGGUGAGAAAGGCCAUCUCGAGGUGCGUUACCGUAUUGGUGGCGUGCGAAGCGCGCGGAGACGGCGGGUUCCUCGCCCCCGGCUCGGACCCGGACCCGUGCGACUUCAUCCUCGCCGGGGCUGUUCACACGGCGAAGUCGCUGCUCGAGUCUGGUCUCGCGGACGUCUCCCCUGGCGGGCCGAACGGGUUCUCCGCGUACUCAAAUGGGAAGGUCAUCGAGAGGUAUCUGCGGCGGUGGUGCGUCAGGCCGUCGUGGACGAAGACGUACGGACUGAACGAGAGCACCGUGUGCGCGGCGAUCGUCCGGAGCUUCGCGGCGAAGAUCAGCGGCGCCGCGGGCGACGUGUGUCCGCCCGAGAAGUUGCGCGGCGCGUGUAACCGCGCGAGGCGGUUAGACGCGCGGUACCGCGAGUUCAUCGCGUCGCGCGAUCCGGAGGGAGGCGGGAGAGAUCCGGAGGGAGGCGGGAGCGAUCGUCGCGAGGACGCCGCGGGCGGCGACGCCGGAGGGUUCUUGAGCGCGAGCAUAUGCAUCUGA